UUCCCCGGGCUUGAAUCGCAAUCCAGGAACUGAGAAUGGGGAUCAGUAAAACCGAGAUAGACUUGAGGAGGCUGCUCGACGCUGCCCCGCGGCAGCAAAAUCAAGCCAAACUUGUGCAUUAUGUUGCUAGUUUACGAGAACAAUUGGAGAAGUUGGGUGCAGAAAGAACUCCAGAUGGUUUGCCUAGGGUGUCCAAGGUUAACGUGAAUGAAUAUUCAGACAAAAUUGAAGCCAUUGCUUCUAAACUUGCGGCUGCAUCAUUGCCUGAUAUUAAUUCGCCAACGGAGCCUAUUACUAGUUCUAGCAGAGGAAGUCAUACUGUAGAGGAAGAAAAUCACCUUCCAUCUUCCCCUGGUUUGAGAAGGAGAAAGCAGCUCUCAAAUGUUGAAGACAGAAGUCACGACAGCGCACGUGGGGAUGCAUCUACAGCCCAAGUGAAACUGGAUGCUGCAGCUCACAUGCACAUAGAAAAGCACAGAAAGCUUCAGGAGGACCUGACAGACGAAAUGGUUGUCUUGGCACGGCAACUGAAAGAGAGCAGCCUGAUGAUGCAUAAGUCGGUGCAGGGCGCCGAAAAGGUACUCGACUCGACGGAGCAGGCAAUCGAGCAAAGCUUGGCUACCACAGGUCAUGCUAAUGCCCGGGCUGCACAAGUCUUCUCACAAAGCUCCAAGACCUCGUGCCUCACCUGGCUUCUCCUUUUCGCCAUGACUUGCAUCUUCGUCAUGGUCGUGCUUCUCAUUCGCGUCACCUAACAGAAUACUUCUUUUUUGUUUGUUAAUCUUAGUUGACUUAUUCCCUCUUUUGUAUGGUAAAUACGUGCUCUAAUGCACUGGACUUGCUUUACGAAGCAGCAGCAUUUUCUUAACAAAAGUAUUAUGACUUCAUCGGACAGUUGUUAAUGACGUUGGAAUCUUAUAUCAGUAUGGACGACUUCCAUUCUUGUGCUUGCAUCUGUUUCUUAACAAACUAAUAUUAUUGAUAGAGUUUAUAGUAAUAUGUUGCCAAAAGUCCAAAAGUGAUCUAGUAAUAAUAUAUAUGAGUAUGUUAGUUAUAAUUAACGACGCAAAAAUGGAGUAUCCACAUGGGUGGGCACGUAGGUGGUUAAUCCGCGGAUUGAUAUCGAUCCACCCGCAAAUAACCCGACCCGCAUGCAAUGGGUGAUUGAUGUGGGUGGAUUGCGGAUUGUUAAAUCUUCCACCCGCACUUAUGUGGGUGGAUUGCGGGUCACCCGUAUGACCCGCAUCCUAUUUUUACGUGGAAAAAUGUUGUUUCUUAUAGUAUCGAAUAUUAAUCAUAUUUUCGAACUGCACUACAGUCUAACCAUAUACUGCAAAAGGUGGAGAAUAAAGAAUAGUUUUCACUAUUAUUAUAGUAUUAUUUGUUAUUGCAUGCAAAUUAUUGCUAAUAUCCAUUAAAUAUUGGGAUACAAACUAUAAAUUAUUAAUUGUAUC